GGUGGUGUGUUGCUAUAAGUGUUCUCCUUCACGUGUUGGUGUGUGGUUCUGUGUGGUGGUCUUGUUGUCCUACUGCCCAGGGGUUGCUCUGUGUUGUUGUUGUGUUUCUUUGUGCAGCAUUGUGCUGCUCUGACUACACACCCCAUGUGUUGAACCGCCCCGUGUUGUGGUGUCUCUGCGCUGGGGGCGGGCGCGCUCCUCCCGCCCAGGGCGGUCCCGGUACAUAAGGCGGAGCGCUGGGGCGCCUUGCCCGGCACACAACGAGCUCCGGACCGGCCCCAUGGCGCUGCGCUGGGCGUCCCUGCUCGCUCUGUGCUGCUGGCUGGUGGCCGCCGACCGGCACCCGGUCUUCUGGAACAGCUCCAACCCCAAGUUCCUGGCGGACGACUACACCGUGGAGGUCCGGCUCAACGACUACCUGGACAUCAUCUGCCCACACUAUGAGGAGGGCAGCGUGACUCCCCGCGCCAUGGAGCGCUACACCCUCUACCUGGUGGAGUAUGAGGAGUACGCGGCCUGCAAACCCCACUCCAAGGACCAGAUCCGCUGGGAGUGCAACAAGCCGGCCGCCCUGCAUGGCCCCGAGCGGUUCUCGGAGAAGUUCCAGCGCUUCACACCCUUCACCCUGGGGAAGGAGUUCAAGGAGGGACACAGCUACUACUACAUCUCGAAGCCAAUUCACCACCAUGGCGACGGCUGCCUGAAGCUGAAGGUGACUGUGGCUGGCAAAGCCAACGACGCGGACGCGCAGGUCCUGAGGAGUGUGGGCCAGAACUCGGCGCUGCGGGGGAGCAGCCCUGUCACCUUGCUCAGCCUCCUGCUGCCCCUGCUGGUGCCGCAAGGCCUGUGAGGGGGGAGCCUGGCUGAGCGGCAUGGACUGAACCGCUGGAUGGCUACUGCUGCCGGGAACAGACCCUGUGGCCCAAGGGGUGCCGGCCCCCGGCUGGGCUGUUGCAAACACUCCCGUGAGCAGCUCUUGGGUGUGCACCCCCAGCUGGCUCUCAGCCAGGCGUGCGUUGGCAGCCUGAGGACUUGUUACGGGUCGAAUGGCCCAAGUGGUCAGUAUUACGGGUCGAACGACCCAAAGCCGAGCUGAGCAACCACGCCGCCGUAGCCCUGCGGGGAGCGGCCGCGCCUCCUUACUGCCAAAGAACAGCCCACCAGCACUUUCAACCACGCGCUUUGAGAGCGGACCACAGCGGCUGCUGCCCUGGCUGGAGGGGCAGUGGCACUGGACUGGGGCGGGGUGCUGGCACCUCUGGCUGGCUGAGCCAGCCCCCAUGGAGUGCGCAGGAUGGACAGGCCUUGCGGGCUGGUGGCAUGGAAGUGUCCUGCAGGCAGAGGCACCUGUGCUGCCCACGCAAACAGCCCAUGGACGGUUGGGCUGAGUGCAACCCAGGGACUCUGGGUCUGCCAGGGCUGUGGUACCACCUUGCUGGGGCAGGACCUCCUGGAACAAUAUUCCUUCUGGUGCAGGACCCUGGAGUCAGUGAUGUGGGUGCUGGGCUUCCAUACGGUGACACCUGGAAACUGUGUAGACAUGUCUGGAGCAGGUGCCCCCUCCCAUGGCAAUUCUGGUGAUGGCACAUUGGCCAGGGGCCUGGGACCGUCUGGCCUGAAGCAGGGAGCUGGGCUGCAGGCUGACCCGAAGGAGACAAAUGUCCUCACAAUCACCUGAGGAUGGACUGAGCUGGCAGCCCCAAACCCCUGACACCCCGUUCCCUCUACCCACCCCAGCCUGGCCUCUCCAGAAACACCAAGAGCACAAACUCCCAGCCCCACUCCUGUCUGCCUAGGCUCGGUGCCACAAUCUCUCUUCCUCCUCUCCUGGCCCCACCCAGGACUCCCUGUCCUCUGUGUAAAGCAGCCACCUGUGCUGGAAACAGGGUGGGGCAGAGGCUGAGCGUCGCUGCUGCCUGGCUGGAGUUCCCACCACCGGCAGGGCUCUAGACGCGGCGUGCGACCCUGUCUCCACCGCCUGUGCGCGCCUCAGUGCCUGGAGGGGGCAGGGGCCUCGUUCACCCACACACCUGCUGGGCCCUGCACGGAGGAGUGUAUAUAACAUGUCCUGAUUUGUAAAGCUUCCUUUUUACCACUGGAAUUUUUAUACAAAUGGUCUUGAAUAAAUAUGUUCGGAUA